ACCCGCUCCAGUCGCCUCAGAGACCCCUGCGUGCUCCGUGGGUGGCCUUCCCCGCCAGGGAUCGGGCAGCCUGGAGAAGUGAGCGCUUGCGGGGCCCCAGCCACUGUUCCUCCAAAGGUCCCCCUCCUUUCCUCCAGAGGAGGGGCUGCAGCGGUGCAGGGCGCUCGGAGCGAGCCGCGGCCAGCGACCGAAGUUGCAGCUAGGCGCGGGCGACUUUCCCACCUUCUCCCUCCGCGCGGGAAACCCCCUUCGCUGCAGGGGGAGGAGCCGAGGUCCCUGCUCGAGGGUCUCCUCCCUCCCGGCGUCGCUGGGUGGGGCGGACUCGGGGUCGAGAUGACCCAGGAGCGGCCCAAGUUCUACCGGCAAGAGCUGAACAAGACGGUCUGGGAGGUGCCUGAGCGUUACCAGAACCUCUCGCCGGUGGGUUCCGGAGCUUACGGCUCCGUCUGCUCUGCCUUUGAUGCUAAAACUGGCCUCCGUGUGGCAGUGAAGAAAUUGUCCAGACCAUUUCAGUCUAUCAUACAUGCCAAAAGGACCUACCGCGAGCUGCGACUGCUUAAACAUAUGAAACAUGAAAAUGUUAUUGGACUUCUAGAUGUAUUCUCACCCGCAAAGUCAUUUGAGGAGUUCAAUGAUGUAUAUCUUGUAACCCAUCUCAUGGGAGCGGAUUUGAACAAUAUUGUGAAAUGUCAGAAACUCACAGAUGACCAUGUACAGUUUCUUAUCUAUCAAAUACUUCGGGGUUUGAAGUAUAUCCAUUCUGCUGAUAUAAUACACAGAGAUUUAAAACCUAGUAACCUAGCUGUGAAUGAAGACUGUGAGUUGAAGAUUUUGGAUUUUGGGUUGGCACGACAUACAGAUGAUGAAAUGACAGGAUAUGUAGCAACCAGGUGGUACAGAGCUCCUGAGAUCAUGCUGAAUUGGAUGCAUUACAAUCAAACAGUUGAUAUUUGGUCAGUUGGAUGCAUUAUGGCUGAACUUUUGACUGGAAGAACACUGUUCCCUGGUACAGACCAUAUUGAUCAGUUGAAGCUCAUUUUGAGACUCGUUGGAACCCCAGGCCCUGAGCUUUUGAAGAAAAUCUCUUCAGAGUCUGCAAGAAAUUACAUACAGUCCUUGUCUUACAUGCCGAAGAUGAAUUUUGAGAAUGUAUUUAUUGGUGCCAAUCCUCUAGCUGUAGACUUGCUGGAGAAGAUGCUGGUGCUGGACACAGAUAAACGGAUCACGGCUGCUGAAGCUUUAGCCCAUGGCUAUUUUUCUCAGUAUCACGACCCAGAUGAUGAGCCAGUGGCAGAUCCUUAUGAUCAGUCCUUUGAAAGCAGAGAACUUGAUAUUGAGGAAUGGAAAAGCCUGACCUAUGAUGAAGUGGUUAGCUUUGUGCCGCCACCACUUGACCAGGAGGAAAUGGAAUCUUGAGAAUCUGUUUCUCUUUGUCCCAUAUCACUGUGAGGGGAACAUCUUUUUCAUAGGAAUUCUCCACAUACCGUUCAAGUGCCUCUUGCCAUGAAGAUUCUCCUUGGGGGAGGAUGCGUGUGUGUAUGUGUGCGUGUGUAUCUGUGUGAAU